UACACCAUACUCACAAACAAAAUAAAAGCAGCAAACAACAAAACUCGAUCAACUAUGAAUAAAUACGUUUCCCUCGGUGUAUUCACUGGCUUUUGGGUCAUAUUCGGCAUUGUUGGCUUCUUUGUGGCCAAACGCUUCAAGGAGGUUACUAUAAUAAGAUGCUGUGUCCUACUCUCCGCCGUCUGCUGCUGGCUCCUCUGGCUCGUUACGUUCCUGAUGCAGCUGAAUCCACUAAUAGGUCCACGUGCUAAGCAAGUUGUCAUUUACGGCAUAAUGACCUAUUGGAAAAACUCCUACAUUCACGACAAAAACGAUCCAUGAAGUUUUAGUAGAACAAUUCGUAGCGCUGUUUAAAAACAAACUUCUUUUCACUCGCUUGUACUAGAUCUGUAAUGCCAUCAUUAAAACUUAGUUGCCUGCCAGCGAUUUUCUUUAUAUUAC